AUGUGGAACGAGGUUUUUCCUAGAUAGAGCACAAUUUGUUCAAACAUGGCUCCGACGAUGACUCAAUGGUCGGUCGGCUGCAGAAGGGUUCUUUUUUUUAUCUUUGUCGAAAAAUGUCGCAAUGAUUCUCGCUCUCACACGUGAAUGCGAUCGCUAGUGAAACAACGAAUCUUAUGUUUCUUUGCAUGUGUCAUCGAAGGGAUCGUAACGGAAUAUUUGUGUUCAACAGAGACAAAGACACUGAUUUAAGAGUGCAGUACGCGAACCUCAAACGAUUUAUUGUGAAAAGUGGUUUAGGGAAAACGCUCCUAUAGUUACGGUACUGGAAUUUAUGCUGAUUUCGAAUAUAAAUGGGGUAACAUGCAUUUUUGAUCGAUUACUCGUGUUAUAACGUUAAAUUAGUUACAAUUGGAGAAUAAUUCAAAUAUGUCCUUUACCUUUCGUAGCCUUUGCACCUAUAGUUGUGGUAGAAUCGCGCCUUCGUCCAAAAUCUAGAGUGCAUUUGGCGCAGUUAACAUUUGUGGGUACACGUUACCUAUGAAUGGAGGAAAAUUUAUCAUUAAAUUGAUAGGUUAAACUGUAAAACGAACAUUUUCUCUGCAAAAUAGAGAAGAAAAGCAACAAGUUGAAUUGCUAACACGAUAGUAGUGGCAAAAAAGGAACUUGCAUGCAAUCCUGCAUGUGCGACCACUUGACGACCAGCGACGAAUGCUGAGCGAAUAUUUUUCCCGCGCGUUGUAAAUGUAACCAUAUUACACCCCUAAUCGGACUCAAUAGUUUGCUGCUUCCCGGUAGCUGCCUCCGGCUGGAAAGACAGCCAGAUCACAACUGACUGAAGAAGACGAACUAACCCGCUCUCUUAUUAACUCCGGGCUGGCUGCUGCUGAUGUGCAGUGCGUUAUCAGUGACGGCUCGGGACGGAUGAAAAAUAUAUUUAUUGUUGUAUCGCUGACGACGUCGUAAACUCUUUCGUGGUCCUCCCCUUCCGACCGGCUGCGUCGACGCAGUAGUGUGGAGGGCAGUUGCGAGCCCAGCUCAUAUUCCGCAAGACGCAAGUAAGCAAAACGCGCGCGGGUUAUCAGACUCCACACAAGACAAGCACAUUUCUAAACAAUCAACCAGCCAACUGGUGACUUUGGUUUGCUGCAGUGGAAAGCUAAUGUGUCCUGGAAUUGUAGUGUUUUUUUUUGCAACCAAAGUCUCAUCUCGCACGAGUCGAGAGCCGUUACAAUCUGAUCCAAAUUCCCAGCCAGAUCGGACGCGUAGUGAGUGAUCCGGUGACGGUGGAGUUUAAUGAAGUUGUGAACGGUUUUUUUUUUGCGUGAGUGAAACGCUUUGCGAUCAAGAAGCCUCUCAAGACAUCUUAUCACGUCAAGUUGAGCGAAGAACGAGUCUUAGAAUCAAUAUUUGCUUUGUAUUAUCAGCGGAGAAGCGGAACACCCUAUAGGAACGUAAAUACAACGCAGUGCAUGUUCAAUUUCGUUCUAAAUGCGAAGAAGAAGGCUUGAAAAAAUGUGCCAACCUAAAAACCACAGUGGACGUCGAUCCAGAGAUACGCCAUGAAAAGCACGUGUGGUGGAUAAUCGAUCCCCGGUUUAUAUCGCGAGUGUGAACAGUUCAAACAUUGCAUCAUUGCACACUGCUUUACCAGCCAGUGCUGCUCUACACUGUAGAUAGGGCUAGAAAAGCGCGCAGCAGAGUGUUCCGGUGAUAAGCGGCAGUCGUUUCGGUAUCUGGAUUUCCUUUGGUGCCCAACCCCUUUCGAGUAAACAAAACUACAGGAUUUUAACUGCAGAAUGCGCACAAAGUUUGUUCAACCGUUGGACGAUUACCAGUUGGCGUUGAACGGCCUGAAGACGCGGUAUGAAUUUGAAAAAGUGAAACCGCUGGCAGACGAGGAUGAGUUCAUCGACGUGACUGGUGAUGAUUCGUCCGACUUGCAGGUGAAAAUCAUUCCGAUCCUGGAGCAACCACCGUCGAAGAUUUACUACGAUAACAUCGAGAAGGAAUCGAGUGAUGGGGGGUUCUUCGAUCGCGAUGAUCUGGACGAUGAAGACGAGAAAAAUGAUCUGAUUAUAGACUUUAAAUUCAAUGGGGAGACUGGGGAGAAGAAGACUGAAAGUGGAAUCUAUUGUAAAGCUGACAAGGAGCCGGAGUUGGUAUUCAAUUUUACACUUGUGGAUACUCAAUUGGUUUAUAAUGAACCUAGCAUCGUGCCAAAGCUGCCAAACCAGAAAGACUUGCAAAGUGGAGCUAGUGACAGGCCCAUGGUGUCGAUCACGAUACCACCUCCUAGUAUGCCAUCCCCUCCCCGGCAAAAGCACAGCAUACUAGCCAAUAAGCUCAAGGAAGCUCGGAUAUAUCCGUAUCCCAGAACGAAUUCAAACCUCUCGAAUGGCCUCAGAAGGGCAAGUGUACCGAUUCCGGUCAAUAACGGCGGGUUCUACCGAACGUUACAGUCUAACGAACCCAUCGGUAGUAGAUUUAGACCAUCUGCCUUCUCACCCCCAGUGAAAUCUCACGUUGUGCCACAGUGUGUUCCGCUAAAGUCCUCGAUGAGACGUUUGGUUAACCCUCGAAGCCAAUUCGCUCAACCACCACCGGGCAAACCAAAAAAAAAGCUCUACCGCCAAUCAGCUCUAGUCCCUCAGCAACAGCUCCCCUACCCACCGUACGAGCGUUACGUCAAACAAUUCCGAGCAUACGGCAAAGGUCAGCUGCCCAUCCUACCGGAAGCACACAAAUCGCCCAGCUAUCUGCCGCCACAGUUCGGCUUCGGAUCAUCCGUCCUUCAGAACCUAUACGAUCCGGAUCAACCCCUAGACCUUACGAAAAACUCCUACCUAAGCCAGUACGAAUCCAUGCUCAAAUAUCCCCAUCAGCACCAACUGUGGCAAGGUCACUCGAUCCUCCGUUCAAUGCCCGUACCAAAACCACCACAACCCCCGAAAACUGCCCUUCGCCCACAGCUGGUCCCCUUCAAGCAACAUCCCACCUUAUCGCAAAUCCAACGCUUCCCCUUACGACCAACGGAAUCAUUCCACCUCCGGCAAAGAACCCUCACACCUCCUGAACCAACAACAACCAGCGUCAUCGUGCCGAGCGAAUCGUUCCGGCAAAACAUGAACCACGAAAUCGAGGAAUUCUUCACCCACCGGCAGAACGAAUUAUGCGAAGCUCUUCGGCUGUUCAACGUCAAAUGCAUCGAGCUCGAAGAACUGUUUCGCCGCUUGAACUAUUUUAAGAUUCAAUUCAGCCGCGAUUACUUCAGGGUCGCGAGGACCAUGAUGAAACGGUACGGCUACCGAUUCCGGACCGGUGCUCCCCCUACCAGUCUGGACUACCGAUGGCAGGAGCCUCCGCAAGACUUUGUCGACUACUUUCGCAAGGUGAAGAAAACCCUCCGGCCGCACGCGCCGGAGGAAACGUUGAACAUCUACCGCAUGGUGAUCGGAGGACUGCUGGAGCAGUUCCGUGGUCCGCUGGAGCACUUUCUCUCUAGAAAUCUACUGUACGGUUCCGAAACAGGAAAAACAAAGGUCAUGUGAUAGGAUAUUGGAUAAGUAACUGUGCCAUAGUUGUCCUUCUAGUUCAAUAUAUAGCUAUACUCGAAUCGUAAAUCGCAAUCGAUGUGCCUCAGUAGAAUAUAGCCGAAAAGCUGUUCAACGUUUAGCUUUAAUAGGAAGGUAAGCUUUAAAUGUUAGAAGUAGAAUGUGUCUCAUCUAUUAGGUUUUUAACGGUGCAAAACACUAGAUGUGAUAUAGUUUGUAAGGAGCCGGACGUUAUCGUAUAGUAUGAUAAAAACGUAUAAGCAAUGCUGAGGAAGGUUACAUAACACAGUCAGUGCAAAUGAAUUUCGAAUAUUUUAUGUGUGUUGCAUUUAAAGCGAAAGUAUACGAAUUUAUUAAAAGAUAAGUUGAUAAGACGGUUGUUUUAUUUUCAAUCACAAUCUCCACCGGAUUGGGAAAGAGGUGCAACAUUGCCCAAGUGCUUCACGUGACGAAGCAUUGGGUGGUG